AUGGGGGCGCGGAAGGGGACGCGGCGCCGGCACCUCCGGUCGCUCUGGGUGGAGGUGGCGGCGGCGCGGCCGGAGAAGGCUGGCGCUGAUAGGACCGCGACGGUGAAGGCAGAAAGCUGCUCCAGGAAGAAGGCUAAGGUCGGGCCCGAGGCCAAGGCUGCGUCCUCGAAGAUCACUGUCACCUUAGACCCCAAGUUGCUGGAGUGCUCGGUUUGUUGCAGCCCACUGGUUGCUCCCCUUUCUCAGUGCGCAAAUGGCCAUAUCACAUGUUUCAACUGCUCCUCCGAUCUGAACUACAGUUGCAGCUUGUGUUCUGGGCCCGCCAACACCCACUGCAGUGCCUUGGAGCGCAUCCUCGGCGGCCUGGCCGUGCCGUGCUCGUUCCAGGAGCAUGGGUGCACCGAGAUGAUCCCGUUCACGGAGAAGCUGGCCCAUGAAGAGUCCUGCCUCCAUGCCCCAUGCCACUGUCCCGUCGCUGGCUGCUGCCCCUACCCCGGCCGGUCCCUGCGCGACCACAUCAACGCGGAUCACCCUACGAUCCAGUACACCCGCAUCACGGCCGGCCGCCUCUACCCCCUGAGCAUGCGCCAUGACGAGCCGGCCCGCCUUGUAUCCCUCGGCAGCAAGGCAGUCUUUCUUCUUGUGGUUGACCGGAGCAUCCCGUCGGGGCUCACAUUGUCGGUGAUCCACCUCAUGAGCGACCCGAUCGAGAGGGAGGAUUUCAAGUACAAGAUCCAAGUGCAUACGCAGACGGGCAUUCUCUCUCUGUCCGGCGAGACACAGAGUGUCAGUCGACUGAGGGGGCCUUACCAGGCUGGCGCGUCGCUGUUCGUCUCGGACACCAUGUGGUCUCCCCCAGAUUCUCCAGUGUACCUCGAGCUGAAAUGCUAA